AUGUAACUCUUCAUCUUCCCAAGUAGCCUCCAUUUCAUGGUCACCAUCAAAAGCAUCAUCAUAUUGAGGAAGCACAUUUUCUGCCCCACCACCAUGUACUUCAUAGGUACCUUCUUCCAUUUGCCUUAUCUGCUCAUUUAACAAAGCUUCAGCAACACCAACUGGUAUGCCUUCAAAUCCGUCAUCAUUAACCUUUGCAGCUCUUUCCUCUUCACUAUCACUGAAAUGUACAGAAGCUGUGGAAUCCUCAGUGUCACUUGAUGGAUUGAAAGAAUCAUCAUCUUCAUAUACAUCAUCAAAUGUAGGAUGUUUUCCAUUCUUCUUUCCAGUAACAACCACAUGCACAUUGCCAACAGUUGGAUCAUUGGCAGCAACUCCAUCAGCAAUGGGAUCAUUGGCAGCAACUUCAUUUACAUCUCCAUUUGCAAUGGCAUCAUUGUCACCACUAGCAUCUACAUUUGCAGCAGCAUCUACAUUACCAUUAUCAACAACGGUCUCCCUUUCAUCAUCACUAUCUAGAAGCAACAAUACAGGCCUCUUUGUUGGAGAAAAUUUUUCAACACAAAAAUUAUCAAGACCAGGUAACUUCAGUGGUGCAUCCACUUGCUUCUUGGAUGGAGGUUUAAAUGGCUGGUUUUUCUUCUUUGGAGGCUCCACAGCCACUUGCUUCCCCUUGUUCUUUGGUUCUUUUGCUUCUCCUUUCUUCUUUGUAGCCUCCACAGCCACUUGCUUCCCUCUCUUCUUUGAACCAUCCAACUGCUUGUCCUUAUUCUUUGGAUCACCUGAUUGAACUUUCUUGGCUUUCUUCUUUGAACCAUCAAGUACCCUGAGGAGAUCAAUUGGAGUAGUUGGCAGUUCAUCAGGAGCAUGC